CUCCUACGUUCAUCAUCCUUUUCCUUUCACGUCCAUCACCAUACUAUGGUCCAUCCAGUGCUGCAAACCACUGAACUCGUCACACUCAUAUGCUCGUUCGCGACGCAUGGCUCGCACGCCCGUCUUGCGCGCACCUGCAGGGCCUUCCUCGUGCCUGCGCUCGAUGCCCUCUGGGAGAGACGGACGGCGUCUGAGCUGUUUUCAAGGAUCCUUCCAGGUGUCUUCGACAUCGUUCGGAUACCAGACACAGAUUUGUACCAGGUCAACUUUCAUCGAGCACCAACAGAUACCGAAUGGGCCAGACUCGCCUUCUACGGCGCCCGCAUAAAGCGUCUCAGGGUCGAGCACACUGUCGGCUGGAUUGACUACGCACUUCGACUAUCUCCCGCUGUGGUGUACGCCUGGGCGGGGUUCACGGGAAGUCAACCUUCUGUAGGGACAUCGCUGUGCCCUCGCGCCGCACACGUCUACUGGAAGGACCUGGAUGCCUACGCCAUGCAGCUCGAAGGCCUACUCUGGCUACGGCCAGACUUGCCCUCGCUCCACUUGGUCAUGCGAAACACAGACAAAGCGCCACCCGAGUUCGCGCACGCGCUGGAGACUCUCGCCAGUCCUUCGCUGGUGAAGCUUCGGGUGGAUGACCUGUUCAACAAAAGUCUGUUGCUCGAGUCCGCCCUGGCGAACGUGGUUCGCAUCGCCACUGCCCUCGAGGUCGUUUACCUGCCCUAUGCCUCCGCUUCCUGCGUGAAAGCGCUUGCAGCCCUACCCGCGCUGCGCGAGCUAUACAUUGAUCGCCUCUUCGGUCUCGAUGACAAGGUGGACGAUAAUGGGUUCGGCGCGCUGCGCGACCUGAAUGUCCCCCUCGCAUCGCACAGUCAGACCGUAUACUUCCUUCGCAAGCUUGGCGGCGCGCAGAAUCUCAGAAGUCUCAUCAUAGCCUUUCAGUACCCCUACACACAGCCCACGGCAUCUAUCGCACGACGCCGGCCCCAUGAGUUCGCCGGACUGUGCGAUGCCAUCGCCCGGCAUUGCAAUCCUGUUGGCCUCUCCAGCCUCUCGAUUCUGGACGAGACAUACUGGGCGACGUAUCAGAACGACGAAGACCUUAUAUUCUACACCGUAAAGUUCGAACACAUCCGCCCUCUCCGUGCGCUCUCUGCGCUCAAGGAGCUCGCCAUCGUACCCUGGGGAUACAUUGAUCUCGACGACAGCCAGGUGGAGGAGCUGGUAUCAGCAUGGCCACACAUGGAGAAACUCACCCUCGAGAGGACGUACUCGCACUCCUUACGGACGGAUUUCCCCAUACGCGCGACACCUGGGAGCCUGUUGACGAUCGCCUCGCGCUGCCCACACCUUCGCGAGCUCAUCUUCUCCUUUGACGCGUCAAACUACGCUGCAGCCGAAGGCCGUCCCGGACAUGGGCUGACGCAGAGCGCGCUCUACAAGAUGGACAUAGGCGGAAGCAUCUGGACAGAUGAAAGCACGCGUGCGCUUGCGUCGCUCUUGUCGGAUGUGUUCCCUUCACUCGAGCACGUUACGUCGGAUGUGCAGCGAGACGCAGAAAUAAUGGAUGACGAGGACGAGGUGCCGGAGGCAUUGGACCGUUGGGAUAAGCUACUUGAGAUGCUGUCUUUCGCGAGGGAGAUUCGACAGCAGGAGAGGGCGUCUACGCAAUGAAGAUCGCGAUGGAAGGGCUUUGUUGGCAUGGAAUCGAACAAGCAAAUUUCUCCUUGAUCAUAGGACAACAGUUUACACUCACUUCAGCUUGAUCAACUCUUAUACAAUGUAUACAAGGAACUGGCGUUGUCAAGGUGGUUCCAGCCCGGGAAACCGUCACGUAUUAGUCAACACAAUGAUCCCCUUGGAUCUAAGCCCUCUCCUGCGUACGAGCUCCUGGUACGCGUACUAGAUGACAGAGCUCUUUGCAAUCCCUCGUCAGCAUAUCAGACGUUGCGAUGCGCGAAAACACACAGCGCAGGAAGAGGAGACUUACAUGGUGGUUGAGAAGAAGGUACUCCUGCCAAAAAAAAAGUGACCCGGAAGGGACUGAAAGGACCACGUGG